AUGGUGGAGAUAAAUAACAGAUGGGCCAGUAUGGGCCAAUGUAAAAGACUGCCUUCAAAACGAAUAGUUCGAAAGCGUGUUGCGCCGCCGCCGGCGGCAAUCGUCAAGAAGGUCGAACACAAUAAAAAGGAAAAGAAUCCAUUGUUUGAAAAGAAACCUCGAAAUUUUGGAAUAGGACAGGAUAUUCAACCUAAACGUGAUCUUACUAGGUUUGUGCGUUGGCCUAAAUAUAUUCGCCUUCAGCGGCAAAAAGCAAUCCUACAAAAACGUUUAAAAAUUCCACCUCCAAUAAACCAGUUUCGUAUGGCACUGGAUAAACAAACUGCAUCGAAUCUUUUUCGUUUAUUGGAUAAAUAUCGACCAGAAACAAAAUACCAAAAAAAAGAACGAUUGCGUGCCCGUGCUGAAGCGAGAGUUGCCAAAAAGCCAGAAGCGGUGACAAAACGUCCACCGACGGUGCGUUCUGGUGUGAACACAGUCACAAGAUUGGUGGAAAUGAAAAGAGCGCAGUUGGUUGUAAUCGCUCACGAUGUGGACCCCAUCGAAAUAGUUAUUUUUCUUCCUGCACUUUGCAGGAAAUUCCAGAUACCAUAUUGUAUCGUAAAAGGAAAGGCUCGGCUUGGUCAAGUAGUUCAUCGUAAAACGUGCACAUGUUUAGCUAUAUGUGAUGUUAAUCCGGAAGAUAAAACGGCACUGGCAAAGCUUAAGGAAACAGUCACCACGAACUAUAACGAACGGUCAGAAGAAAUUCGGAAGCAUUGGGGUGGUGGAAUAAUGUCAGCUCGUUCUGAGGCAAAGCGGGCCAAAAUUGAGAAAGCACGUGCUAAAGAACUUGCACAGAAACUUUAA